AUGCGAGCUCCAGGUUUCCUCGGCGAGAACGCGCCAUGCGGAGGUCCAGGUUUCCCCGGCGAGUAUGUGCCAUGCGAAGGUCCAGGUUUCCCCGGCGAGUACGCGCCAUGCGAAGGUCCAGGUUUCCCCAGCGAAUACGCGCCAUGCGAAGCUCCAGGUUUCCCCAGCGAGUAUGCACCAUGUGAAGGUCCAGGUUUCCCCGGCGAGUAUGCGCCAUGCGAAGCUCCAGGUUUCCCCAGCGAGUAUGCACCAUGCGAGCUCCAGGUUUCCUCGGCGACAACGCGCCAUGCGAAGGUUCAGGUUUCCCCGGCGAGUUUCCAUAGCGAGUACGCGCCAUGCGAAGGUCCAGGUUUCCCCUGCGAGUACGCGCCAUGCGAAGCUCCAGGUUUCCCCAGCGAGUAUGCACCAUGUGAAGCUCCAGGUUUCCUCAGCGAGUACGCACCAUGCGAAGGUCCUGGUUUCCCCAGUGAGUAUGCACCAUGCAAAGCUCCAGGUUUUCCCAUAUGCGCCAAGCUGGGGAAACCUGGAGCUUUGCAUGGUGUGUACCCACCGGGUAAACCUGGAACAUUGCAUUGCUCGUACCCGCUGGGGAAACCUGGAGCUUUGCAUAGCGCAUACCUGCUGGGUAAACCUGGAGCUUUGCAUGGCGUGUACCCGCCGGGUAAACCUGGAGCUUUGCAUGACACAUACAAGCCAAGUAAACCGGGAGCUUUUGAUUGCACGUUCCCACUGGGUAAACUUGGAGCUUUGCAUGGUGCAUACCUGCCAGGUAGAGCUGGAGCAUUUCAUGGCGUGUAG